AUGGAGUCGUCAAGGGGCCCUCCGAGGGUCAAGAACAAGGCCGCUGCGCCCGUUCAAAUCAGUGCAGAACAACUGCUUCGCGAAGCUGUCGACCGUCAAGAAGUCGGCAUCGAGACUCCGACACAAAAGUUUACCGAUCUCGAGGAGCUUCACGAAUACCAGGGAAGAAAGCGCAAGGGCUUUGAGGAUUACGUCCGUCGGAAUCGCAUCAAUUUGAAGAACUGGACGCAGUAUGCGCAAUGGGAGCUGGAACAAAAGGAGUUUGCGCGCGCGAGAUCCGUCUUCGAGCGAGCCCUCGAUGUCCUGCCUCACAAUGUCGUCCUAUGGAUUCGGUACAUUGAGGCGGAGAUGAAGUCGAGAAAUAUCAAUCACGCGCGAAACUUGCUGGACCGUGCCGUCACCAUUCUUCCUCGAGUCGAUAAGCUGUGGUACAAGUAUGUGUACAUGGAGGAGAUGCUGGGCAACAUCCCCGGCACCAGACAAGUAUUCGACCGAUGGAUGCAAUGGCAGCCCGACGAAGCGGCCUGGAGCGCCUACAUCAAGUUGGAGAAGCGGUACGGUGAAUUUGAGCGAGCGCGAGCCAUUUUCGAAAGCUUUACCGUGGUUCAUCCCGAGCCGCGCAACUGGAUCAAAUGGGCCAAAUUCGAGGAAGAGUACGGAACAAGCGAGCUGGUCCGAGAGGUUUUUGGAAACGCUGUAGAGUCACUGGGCGACGAGUUCGUCGAUGAAAGGCUGUUCAUUGCGUACGCCCGAUUCGAAUCCAAACUCAAUGAGUAUGAGCGUGCCCGUGCCAUUUACAAAUACGCACUGGAUAGGCUCCCGCGGUCAAAAUCAGUGCUACUACAUAAAGCCUACACCACAUUUGAGAAGCAAUUCGGCGACAAGGACGGAGUCGAAGACGUGGUGCUGUCAAAGCGAAGAGUCUACUACGAGGAACAAGUCAAGGAGAAUCCCAAAAAUUACGACGCAUGGUUCGACUACGCCGGGCUGGAGGAAUCAUCCCGAGAUGUAGAUCGGAUCCGAGACGUCUACGAAAGAGCAGUCGCUCAACUACCACCCACGCAGGAGAAGCGCCACUGGCGCCGCUACAUCUACCUCUGGAUAUUCUACGCCAUCUGGGAGGAAUUAGAAGGCCAGGAUAUCGAGCGAGCGCGACAAAUAUACAGCACAUGCCUCAACCUCAUCCCCCACAAGAAAUUCACCUUUGCCAAAAUCUGGCUCCUCGCAGCCCAAUUCGAAGUGCGCCACGGCCAACUCACCGCAGCGCGCAAGCUCCUUGGCCGCGCCAUCGGCACGUGUCCCAAGGACAAAAUCUUCAACGGCUACAUCGACCUCGAGCGCAAGCUAUUCGAGUUCGUGCGCUGCCGCACCCUAUACGAGAAACACAUCGAAUACAAUCCAGCCAACUGCCAAACGUGGAUAAAAUUCGCAGAGCUAGAGCGCGGCCUGGACGACCUCGACCGCACGCGGGCCAUCUUCGAACUCGCCGUCAACCAGCAACAGCUUGACAUGCCCGAACUCCUCUGGAAAGCAUACAUUGACUUUGAAGAAGAAGAGGGCGAGUACGAGCGCACCCGCGAGCUCUACGAACGUCUCCUCGAGAAGACGGACCAUGUCAAAGUCUGGAUCAGCUACGCCCACUUUGAGAUCAACAUCCCCGAGGAGGAAGAGGAUGAAGAGAACGCCGAGGACCAGCCGCUCAGUGAGGAGGCGAAGGCCCGUGCGCGAAAGGUCUUUGAACGCGCGCACAAGAGCAUGCGCGACAAGGACCUCAAGGAGGAGCGGGUGUCGCUGCUUAAUGCGUGGUUGUCGUUUGAGCGGGAGCACGGGUCGGAGGAAGACAUUGACAAUGUGCAGAGGCAGAUGCCGAGGAGGACCAAGAAGCGCAGGUUGUUGGAGGAUGAUACGUACGAGGAGUACUUUGAUUAUGUGUUCCCUGCGGAUGAUCAGCAGGCGAAGAAUUUGUCUAAUAUUCUGGCUAUGGCACAGAAGUGGAAGCAGACGGGGGGUGAGUUGUCAGGCGCCUAA